GCGGCGGCGGCAGCAGCAUCACUGCUCGGAGUCACAGCAUCACCGGACAUCCUCGCCGCGAGUCUCUCUUCCGUUAGAUCCGCGUCGCGGCUGCACAGGAGACCCAGCGAGCGAACGCGCGCAAGUUCCCCCGCGAUGCUGCCUUUAUUUUUCUUCCUGCUCGUCCGCAUUGGCGCGUCCAUCCCGCAUCCGACGUCCGCGGGUGAAGUAUGCGAACCGGUUCCAUGUGAGAACGAUGCUGACUGUCCCGGUACGCCAGCUGAGGAAAAUGUCGCUUCAUCAGGCUGGGAAGAGCAAUCCGUAAUUGGGCCCUGCCGCCCGAACCCCUGUCACAACGGAGGGCUGUGUGAACUCAGCGAGACCUACCGCGGAGACACUUUCGUCGGCUAUUUGUGCAGGUGUCCUCUUGGCUUCGAUGGUGUCCACUGCCAACACAAUGUUAAUGAGUGUGAGAAAAAUCCGUGCAAAAAUGGAGGCAGCUGCACAGACCUGCGAGCAAACUACACCUGCCAGUGUCCCAGUGAAUACAUGGGUCAGAACUGUCAGUACAAAUGUUCUGGGCCUUUAGGGAUGGAAGGAGGGAUCAUUUCGAACCAGCAGGUAACAGCUUCCUCCACGCAUCGAGCUCUGUUCGGCCUGCAGAAGUGGUUUCCGUACUUCGCCCGACUCAACAAGAAGGGCCUCGUCAAUGCCUGGAGCGCAGCCGAGGGCGAUCGAUACCCAUGGAUUCAGAUAAAUCUGCAGCGGAGGAUGAGGGUGACUGGACUGAUAACACAGGGUGCCAAGCGAAUCGGAAGCCCAGAGUACGUGAAAUCAUAUAAAGCGGCGUACAGCGACGACGGGAAGGCCUGGAGCAUGUUUAAAGUCAAGGACACGGAUGAGGACAUGAUGUUCACUGGAAAUACUGAUAAUAAUGCCCCCUCGGCCAACUCCUUCAGUCCACCAAUCGAAGCGCAGUACGUCCGCAUUUACCCACAAGUCUGUAGGAAGCACUGCACGCUGCGAAUGGAGCUCCUGGGCUGUGAGCUCACAGGAUGCUCAGAGCCCAUGGGGAUGAAGACCGGACACAUCCAGGACUAUCAGAUCACAUCCUCCAGUGUGUUUCAGACCCUGAACAUGGACAUGUUCUCAUGGGAACCAUCCAAGGCCAGACUGGACAAACAGGGCAAGGUCAACGCAUGGACAUCAGCCCACAAUGACCAAUCCCAAUGGCUGCAGGUGGAUUUGCUGAUUACCACCAAAAUCACAGGAAUUAUCACCCAAGGAGCCAAAGAUUUCGGGCACGUGCAGUUUGUCGGUUCCUAUAAAGUGGCGUUCAGUAAUGAUGGACAGAAAUGGCUCAUUUAUCAGGAUGAGAAACAACAGAAGGAUAAGAUCUUCCAAGGAAACUUUGACAACGAAACACACAGAAAGAACGUAUUGGAUCCGCCGAUCUACGCCCGGUUCAUCCGGAUUGUUCCGUGGUCGUGGUACGGACGCAUCACUAUGAGGGCGGAGCUUCUGGGGUGUCCGGAGGAACAGUGAAGCUGCGGCACACUCUACGGACUGCGCAAAAACAACAUUUCUAACGGAGAUCUUUCAAGGAUGCCAAACACGAAAGAGCUUUUGAUUACAGUCGAUGAUAGUUAAUGAUUGUGAUGACUUUGAAUGGAUUUUCUCUCUCUCUCUCUCUCUCUCUCUCUCUGGAAAUUGGCACAACGAUGCUUUUCAAAUGCUACAUCACUGUACAACCGACUACUUUAUUUUAGAGUAUUAUCAGAAAUAGUCCAAUUGAAUUCACUCAGGUCAAAGGUCACAUGUUAGAAUAGUUCAAGCAUAUGAUAUAUGAAUAUAAGGAGGAGCUGAGUACUGUUGCUAUUCUUAUAAAUUUAUGUAUAUUAACUAGUAAAUGGUAUCAUUUGUAAUUUAUUAAAAAUCAAUCAAGCAAAAUCGAUAAUUGAGAAGUAUGGGAGAGCGGGGUAAAAUGUGCGGCAUGUCAUGAUUGACUUCACAUAGAAUGACACAAAGACACCUAGAACGAAAACAAUAAUGUUAAAUAUAGAUUAAUAUAGAUUAAAUUUGCACUGAUUUAUGUUUUCCAACUAAAAUAACAUUUGGAUCACACAGUUUUAACAUAGAAAAACUAAAAAAGGUUUAAUGAUUCAUAUUUCAAUACACCAGGUUUAUACAUUAACCCUCAAUAAAAUCUAUUCGUUUUAAUCUCAUACAUUUUAAAUCGCUUGGUUUUACAGCUUGCUAUUUUUAAUUUUUUGCAUGUGAAUAAAUUCGCUUUAUUUCAUAAUGAACAAAUUAAAAAAAAAAGAUUCUAAGCAGUUUGAAG